AUGGCGGCGCCGGCACGGGAGCUGGUCGACGACGUCAUCCCCGAGAUCCUCCUCCGCCUCCCGCCGGACGAGCCCAAGUGGCUCUUCCGCGCGGCCCUCGCCUGCAAGCCGUGGCUCCGCACCAUCUCCGACCCCGCCUUCCUCCACCGGUACCGCGCCUUCCACGGAGCCCCUCCCCUCCUCUGGCUCAUCGAGGUGGACCCACUAACCGGCCGGGAUCCCCGCUUCAUCGCCACCACAGCAAUGCCCGCCUUCUCCUUCCCCAUUCCGGUGUUCGACACCAUCUCUGCGUGGCGCAACGUCUCUGCGUACCCCCUCGACUGCCGCCCUGAUCCGGAAGUUUGA